AUCUCCUGACAUGAUUUUCCGCACGUUUGCCACUACGUGUCACUGGGGAGUUAUAGAAAGGACGGAACCUCUGUAUGAUGCAGGAAAGACGUGGCUUGGUGAGAGAACUCCAGAUAGAUGUGUAACUAACUUUAUGUAAAAGGAUAAAGGAACGAACAAUGGAAAUUUCAAGAAGACUUCUUACCUUUAGUGUUCUGAUGUUUGUUUUUUGCCUUAAAUCAAGAGGGCAGCCUCCAUUUAAUUCAGCAUCACCGCAGAGAUUCCGAAACCCCGGUAUUCAAUGGUAUUUCCGGUACAUAUGCCGAAACAUGCGAUGCGGCUUCGAGGACGUUUGUGAGUUACGGACAAUGCCUUGCUUCAUGCCACCCUGUCGUGAUAGUCUGACGUGUGUGGGAAUUCCUGGGAGUACCGAUAAACCUGGUCGAUGUCCCCUUGCUUUCUCUAUCGAAACAAGGCGAAUAGGAUGUAACACGGACCUCGGUUGCCCUGGAAAUGAGUUGUGUUGUCAUGGAUACAGGGGAAGCGAAUGCCAGCCGUAUUUUCCAGCAUAAAGGAAAUGACUUGUUCGUAGGGUUAUACCUUGUUUAAUACAAGUUUUACACAAAUCAAAUACAUUUGUUUCAUAAUUAAUUAA